UGUCAUCCAAGUCUCUAAGAAGUUCCUGCCAGGGAUGGCCGUUGGCUACUCUAGCCCAAAGCUGACCCUACACGUGGGUGACGGUUUUGAGUUCAUGAAACAGAACCAGGAUGCCUUCGACGUUAUCAUCACUGACUCCUCAGACCCCAUGGGCCCUGCUGAGAGCCUCUUCAAGGAAUCUUAUUACCAGCUCAUGAAGACGGCCCUCAAGGAGGAUGGCAUUCUCUGCUGCCAGGGCGAGUGCCAGUGGCUGCACCUGGACCUCAUCAAGGAGAUGCGGCAGUUCUGCAAAUCCCUCUUCCCCGUGGUGGACUAUGCCUACUGCACCAUCCCCACCUACCCCAGCGGCCAGAUCGGCUUCAUGCUCUGCAGCAAAAACCCCAGCACCCACUUCCGGGAGCCCGUGCGGCAGCUGGCACAGAAGCAGGUAGAGCAGAUGCAUCUGCGAUACUACAACUCGGACGUGCACCGCGCCGCCUUCGUGCUGCCCGAGUUCGCGCGCAGGGCCCUGAAUGAUGUGAGCUGAGUCCAGGUGCCGCUGCCGACACCACCCAGGACCUCGGGCCAAAGAGCCUCCGGCGUGCCUGGGCCCCACCAGCCCCG